GUGAUAAGAGGAAGAUGAAGAGGGAGAGGGAGAGAGAAGGAGAGAACAAAAGAAACAAUAGCAAACACACGGGUCUUGUAGUGAAGUCAGCGAGAGAAAAGAGAGAAACGCGGAGGAAAACGUUGGGGUCACGGCGAGUUCAUUCAGUGGCGACAAGUUCGCUGAUUGCUGUCGAACUCGUUUCGUUUUGUCAAUCACGGCCGCAACCUUCUCUUUCUCUCCUUCGUAUGUUUCUUCUCUACCAUACUAGAGGCCUGAUAGAAUCUUUUUCUUUUUCUUUCCGUACCUAUCCUGACUAUACGUUUCCACUGUGCGCUGUUUCGAGGCAGCACCGCGCAGACGUCCGUCGAGAGAUCAACGGCGACGAUAUCGGCAAAGGUUUCGAUCAACUUUUCCCUUCCCUUCCUUUCGCUUCCUUUCUCACUCAACCCCUUCCUUCCUUCUACCUCGUUCGAAGACGAGCUCUGCUGCAAGAGUCGUCAACGUGCGCCCGCGACUAUUCGCUGUGUAAUCGACGUGUGUCGCAUACUUGCGAGAGAGACACGUGCAUCGACAUGACACAGGCUGCGCGACGCCCAGUUGUCUUCGUCGUCUAUCUGGCUCAGCCUCGGCGACAGCGCGCGGCAAUGGUGGCGGCAGCGUCAGCAUCAGCGUCAGCGGUGGCGGCAGCGGUGGUGGCUUCGAUCGGCCGGCGGCCCUCGUAAGCGGAGGUGGGUCAACUUGAACUGGCGCUUGAACGACCAGUCGUUGACAGGUGGUGCGCAAUUCUGGUCGGUAUACACGAGCGCACUAUUCGACACGCAAAUCCCUGUGUUCUCGCGACUCUCCCUUGAAUUUGUACGACCCUCGCUGUGGAUAAAAAUUUCUUACCGUGCACGCAUCAGUUCACGCAUAUUAAUUAGUUUUUUCGUGCAUUGUGUCCGUUAGUGAGCACAAGUUGCAGCGUAGAUCACAGAAACGAAAAUUAUAAAGAAGAGGAAGAGGUCGAAGGAUCGACAGAGGGGUGGCUAUACUGUGAGACGCUCGCAAUAUCGAAAGGAAUAUAAGACGGAGAAAUUUCUGAUCCGCGAAUCGCCUACGAAGAGACGUGAUCCUCAUCAUCUGGGGACCCUUGGCGAUUCAUCAUCGCGAUCGCAUGGAGCACGCAGCUGGAGGACGUGCGAUCGUCCUGCGAAACGCAUCGCGCGAAAGAAACGACCCGUAAUCGGUAGGAUCGAAGACCGACAGGCAAGAGCGGGAGACUGUCGAGUGAGAGCUGAAGGCUGGAGGGUUUGCUCACAACCAUCAAAGUGUGAUCCAGUGCAGCAGCGUUGACCCGAGCAUAGCGCAUAUUCUAUCGACGUCGGCAAGCUCGUGGACGUCGCGUUCAGUUCAAAGUCGAAUGUGGUGCACGCACUUGGCGAUUACGGACACGACAGCGGCAGCAUCUACGGAGCCGGGGUUAGCGAUUUACUUGAGCGAUCUGGCAGGUGAGAGAGUAUAUUGCAUGAAAAGAAGAGACUGCCGGUGAUGGACAAUGAGCAACCACACCAGGAACUGGUCAAGUGUGUGGUCGUGGGCGACACGGCAGUCGGAAAGACCAGACUGAUUUGUGCCAGAGCUUGCAACAAGCACGUGUCACUGUCGCAGCUUCUAACCACUCACGUGCCCACAGUCUGGGCUAUCGACCAGUAUCGAAUCUACAAGGAUGUCUUGGAGCGAUCUUGGGAGGUAGUGGACAACGUGAACGUAUCACUACGUCUUUGGGAUACGUUUGGUGAUCACGAGAAGGAUCGACGUUUCGCGUACGGCAGGUCUGACGUCGUUUUAUUAUGUUUCUCCAUAACCAAUCCCGUUUCUUUGCGGAACUGCAAGGCGAUGUGGUAUCCCGAGAUAAGGAGAUUCUGCCCGCAAACACCGGUUUUAUUAGUCGGAUGCAAAAACGAUCUGCGAUAUAUGUAUCGAGACGAGACUUAUCUCAGCUAUUUUCGAGACCGCAGUCCCUUUGUGAGAGCUACGCGGAAGAGCGAUUUAGUGAUGCCGGAUCAGGCGCGAGCGGUGGCGCGAGAACUUGGUGUGUGCUAUUAUGAGACAAGUGUCUUCACUUAUUAUGGUGUAAAUGAGGUAUUCGAGAAUUCGAUACGAGCCGCUUUAAUCGCACGUCGUCAACAACGGUUUUGGAUGACGAACUUGAAGAGGGUACAGAAACCCCUUUUACAGGCACCGUUCUGCCCACCGAAACCAGUACCACCGGAGGUAUGUCUAGCUGCGAGCACUUACGAGGAGAACAUGAAAACUCUUUGGACGAAGCCUGUCCACAUGGACGUCACUUUAAUUGCCAAUAAUUGUACAUUUUCGGCUCACCGGUGUCUGCUCGCCGCGGCGUCACCAGCGUUUCAUCGGUUAUUCUCGACGGAACUCGCCCACGAGUUGACACCUCGUAGUUCUAGCGAGUCCAGCAUGGUGAGCACUUUCGGCGAGGCCACCGUCGGUGACUUCAACGACGAUACAGAGUGCCUAAUUCGUAUCGAUCAAAGCAAACCCGCAAAAGUUUGGGAGCAACUUAAGCGACGAUCGAGUUUUCAAGUGCUGCCAACGAUGGAUAAUCAGAGAAAAACUAACGGCGCAACGAGGGAACUGAAUCAUCCUGCUUUUCAAAAUAUUCGUAUAUGCUUGACCGAGAAUGUGAAUGGAAUGCAGCAGCCCACAACGGUAGUUACGCUGUCCAAGUUGAUUACUCCGCAGGCGAUGCAGCAGUGUUUGCAAUUUAUUUAUACGGGAAGUUUGGAUAAACGGUAUCAUGAUCUACAAACAGCUCCUAUUGGGCUUCUACUGGAGAUUAGACAAGCGGCCGAAUUCCUCGAGCUACCGCAAUUACUUAUGGUGCUUGGUAGCAUACAAACGCGGGAGCAGUUUGUCAAUAGCGAUCUCAAUAAUCGAUACAAGCAAGUGGUUAGACAACGAUUAGAGGAUAUUUGUCUGGAGCAAGGUCUCUUCGCCGAUGUGAUGUUCGAGUUGGACGACGGCAGCGUACCAGCCCAUAAAGCGAUUCUCACUGCCCGAUGCGACGUGAUGAAAGCCAUGUUCUCUGGCGAUUUUCGCGAAAGCAGCGCAAAAGUUAUAGUCUUUCCUGGAGUGCGGGAGUACACAUUCCAUAAGUUGCUCUGCUAUCUUUACACGGACGAGGUGCCGGCGAUCUCCUCGGCCAGAUGCUUGAAUCUACUGGAGCUAGCCAACAGACUCUGCCUUCCACGAUUGGUGAAUUUAGUUGAAAGCAGAGUGAUCGAGGAUCUCGAUCGCCUAUCACAAAAUGAGGGGAACGAAGCCGUUGAAAACUGCCUAAGACUGUUGGAGCCGUGCAAGCUGCAUAAUGCCGAUCAGUUGGCCGACUGGUGCAUGAAUCAUCUCUGCGUUAAUUAUAAUAAGUUGUGCAAAAUGUCGCCUCGCAGCGUACGGCUACUUCAUCCGGAGAAUCAGGAGUAUUUGAACGAACAUCGAUGGCCGCCGGUCUGGUAUUUGAAGGAUUACGACUACUAUCAGAAGUGUCUAGCGGAACAAGACCGUGAGAACAAGCCGACGUUGAAACGGAACCGCAAUCAGUCUGGUUGCCUGUGCUUUUCAGGUUCGAGUAAGACUAGACGAGAAGGCAAUAGCAGUGGAAAUGGUGGCGGGGUGACAUCGAAGACGUCCAACGAAACGCCUGCAGAUCGGCCACUUUUCGACGCCUCUAUCGAAUCUGGCGAGCAGGCUGUAUGACAGGAACCAAGCGGCCUCAGCCGCUCUGUCAGAUUCAUCCUGAUCCUACCUGUGCUCAUGGUCUUCAUAUGCACUAUUUUUACCAUUUUGAUACUGUUACAGAUUUAUACUUAAACGACCGCAAAGACAUCCCGACGGAACUAUAUAUGCGUAUGUAUCUGACAUACGUAAGUACACGUGAACAAAAAUACAAAAUACAUAACACACACACACACGCGCGCACGCGCGCGAGAUAUACGUGAUGUUAAUAUGAUCAUUAUGCUACGAAAACUGAUUCAAGGCUAACCAGGGAUAUAUUUCGAUUUUAGCCUGUCGAGGUCCCUUCGAAUACUUGUCUUAUACGCGCGAUUAAUUUUUUUAACGAAAUCAUUUUUCACGUGUGCUGUACAGUUUUAAAAACGCGACAAUGUAUCGAUGAUGACGACGAUUCAAAUCCUUGUGAGUGGUCGGGGUGGAUUUUUCUACAUGCACUUGCGAAUCUCGUGACAAUUCAUACUUUUAUCUCCAACGCGAAAAGAUUGCACAUUUUGGGGGGAAUUUUUAUAUUUUCUACGCGUGUUAAUUCUUAAAGCUGUGUACACUCAGAGACAAGAUUGUAUGAAGAUUCAUACGAAUAAAAAUCGUAAUCAUU